GAAUACUAGUUACUACAAUACUAUAAUACAGCCCAAACGAAACAUAGAGAAUUGAAAAAAUCGAAACGAAGCAUCUUUUACGAGUGUUACAAAUGCAGGACCAGAGCUCAGAACAACCCUUUUGUCCCAGCUUUAACAGCUACUCCUCUGAUAGACUCGUCCAUAUAGCCGCCAAAGUCUCACGAGAAUUCGCUGAUUUAGGCCUCGAAAGCUCCGACGGCGGCAGCGAACACGACAACCGCCACCACAACGUCGAUGAUGAAGAUUUCGAGUUCGUCUCCUUCAGUACAGCCGGAGAUGAGGUAUUAUUCAACGGUCCUAUUGGUCCUGUAUUUCCGGUUUUUAAUCGCGAUCUUUUAUCCGCCUAUUACGAUGACCGACGGCGAGAUCGAUUAGGCGACGGUGACGGAGACGAAAUUCCUGGUCCUCCGUCGUGUUCGUCUUCUGAGGCUGACGAAUUAGACGGAAUUCCUUCGGGAACGUACUGUGUCUGGACUCCCAAGGGAGCUCCGCCGACUCCAGGGAGAUGCAGAAAGAGCAAAUCUACCGGAUCUUCAUCGAAGCGGUGGAGUUUCAGAGAAUUGCUUCGUCGAUGUAAUAGCGACGGUAAGGAAUCUUCGUUUGUGUUCUUAACUCCGUCAUCGAGCUCGAAACAGAAGGUUGAAGAGAAAAUUGGUCAUGAGAAGAUAACGUCCGUUGCUUCCGCCGUUAAUAGAGACGGAAGAAGCUCGGGUAGCGGCAGUAGUAAUGAAAAGGGUAAGAUUAGCACGGCCGUGAAAUCGAAGGGUGCGACGUUGGCGGUGGGGAAGGCAGUGGGGAACAAUAAGAUGAUAGCGGCUCAUGAGGUGUUUUAUGUGAGAAACAGAGAAUUGAAUCGAAACGCAGAGAAAAGAAGGUCGUUUCUUCCGUACAGGCAAGACUUGGUUGGUUUCUUUGCUAAUGUCAAUACUAUGGGAAGAAGUUUCCCUCCUUUCUGAUCAUCUUCAUCACUUACUCUCAAACACAGUUUUUUUUUU